AUGGCUGACUCAGGAUCGGCAACCAAGCGGCACAACCCAGUGGACAGCAUCCGUCGCAAGAUCAAGACCAUUGAGAUGCGGGACCAGGAGUCCAACCCCUACCUGCAGAUCCCCAAAUUUCAGUCCAGGAACUUUGACAGUCCUCAGUCCAGCACCAAGAAAGACCUGGAGGAGGUUCUAAAGAAUCGCGCCAUGAAGAGCGGCAGCAAAGACCCCGGAGGCUUCUCCAGCCCCUGUGAGGUGGUCAGCUUCUCUCCACAGAUCAAGGUCAAGCCUCCAAUGUUGCAGCAAGUGCUGGACUGUGACUCCCCUCUGAGCAGCAUGCUCUACUCUGCCAGCAUAACUUCCAAAGAGAAGGCCAAGGAAAUUUGGCCAUCCUGCGGCUCCCAGAGCUGCUCCACACCAGUCGUCCUCCCCAGAGAGGCCCACUUUAAAUUCCACCAGUCCACCAACCCAGGCUCCGAAUUUAAGAGCAUUGUCCUAGAAGACCGGAUCCUGCCCUCUGUCUCCAGUUUUUACUUUGACCCGAAAUCUGAAAAUUUCACUUUGAAGUCGCCAGUGGUGAAGAGUCAAAUGGCGUGUAAUAAUUGCACUAUCACCGUGACACCCUCUAUCACCGUGACACCAUGGCUACUACUUCAGCAUAUCCUUGUCUCCUCUUCAGGUAUGAAGCGUAUGAUGGAACACAAAGCUGAGCCGGCAUCUGAAGUCAGUCUGAUCUGUGAGGAGGACUUGCUGGACAGCAUUUUCCAUGCCUGUGACACUGAACACCGAGGUAAAGUGGCCGUGUCGAAGAUUGUGGAUUACCUGCGUCACACGACCAGCCGCGGCUCGGAGGACAGUGGACUUAGCGAACUGUGCAACAUGCUGGACCCAGAGAGUAGAGACAUAUCAAUGGACCUGGACACCUACCAUGCGAUUAUGAGGGAGUGGGUGGACGACUGCCGCAACAAUGCCACUGAAAAUAAGACAAAGGAAUCCGCCAUCAUCGCUGAGGACUCCAUGAUUAAACUACGAGACAGUCUACUGGCAGUGCGCAGGAUCUCCGGGACCACCAUGAAUAUCACAUCCGGAAGUCUGGAGGCGUUCGGCGGUGAGAUUUCCCGAGAUCUUGACACUUCGGACCUCAUCACUUGUGUUGCCGACUUGCAGUACAACAAUCAGAAGUUGCAGCAAGAGAAGGCCAAGCUGAAGAUCGCCGUAGAGGCGCAGGAAGAGACCAACCAGCGCCUGCAGGAGGAGAACGAGGAACUGUGCAGCCAGUGGAAGAGCGCCCAGCAGUCCAUUAGCAAAGCUCGGGCCCUGAAGGGUGAGCUGGAGGAGAUGAAAUCAAACAUGAAUCUUCUGGAGGAGGCCAAAGCCAAGUUGGUGGCCCAGAACAAGCAGAUGGAAAAGGAGAACAUUGCUUUAAUUCACAAGAUCAGUUCCUUACAGGAAGAGAAUCACCGUAGCACCCUGGAAGUGGAAGAAGUCAGGAAGACCCUUUCUGAGGUUUCUGACAAAGCGGAGGUUCUCCAGAUACAGCUGACGGAGUUUGAGGGCACACUGCAGAAGAAGGAUGCCGGGCUCCUUGUGAAAGAUCUGUAUGUGGAGGAGUUGAAGUCCAUGUUGAUGGAAUACAGUUCUGUUAUUGAGAAUCUAAGACUGGAGAAGAACAAGCUGGAGCACAAUCUGCAGCAGAUGGAGCAGGAGCUUCUGUCGAACGGCAUCAAUUCCCCAAUUACGUACAAGUUAAACCGCAUCAUUAAUGGUGGUCUGAGCUCGCUGCACACAGAGCUGGAAUACGCACAACAGUCUCCGGAGGUCACCACUGCCGAAGGGACAUUCUUCUCAGGACGAUCGUCCGCCCUCGACGUCACCUUGGACCGUGAGAUUCUCCUGUUGCUCCAGGGACCGGGACAUGAACAACCCGGUGCUGAGUUUAAAGCCAUCCUGCAGACGAUGAACAACAGCGCCAUCUUUAUUCAGUCAUCAUCCAGGGUCACCAUCUGCAGUCACCGAUCAGCUGCAGCCUCUCACCUUCAGGGUGACACAUGUGUGAUGGCAGACAAGCUUCUCGAGUCCAUACAGAGUCUGAUCACCUCCGAUAUUGAUGUGAAGGAUUUAUCCAGGAAGAUGAUCGAGGUGAUAACAGCUGAUAUGAAGGAGAAAAAGGCAAACUGGGAGCAGAGGCUGCGUCAGCUGGACAAACACAUGGAGUCUAUGGACUGCGACUUCAUCAAGAUGUCUGGGAAUGUGAGACGGAUGAAGACAGAGCAGCUCCACCUGAAGAAGGAACUUUCCUCCAGGGCUCAUGAGCUGGAAGCAGCCAGACAGCAGCUAGAAGAAGCCGAGGGACGAGAGACCCAAAUCUCCGCUCAGCUGCACAAUUCUGCCGCACAACAAGAGGACCUGUCCAGACAGGUUGCCGAGCUGCAAGGCGCCCUUGACGUGCUGCGGACGGAGGUUGAGUCCCUGCGAGGCAAAUUAGAGGAAGCUGAGAGGGAGCAGAAGGAACUGGAGGCUGCGAGGAGCCAGCUGCUGAGCCAGUGUCAGGACGGAGAGGGGAGAGCGAGGCGGCAGGAGGAUACGAUCAGUUUGCUGGAAGGAAGACUUCUGAAUUAUCAGCGUUCUCAUCAAAAGCUCUCGGGGUCCCUGGAUGAUGUUUCUGACCUGAACGCCGCGACUGAACAGUCGCUGGCACAUGGCGAGGAGGAGAAAAGUUGCAUUUACGAGGGAAUUGGUCUCCAAGAAGCCAUCCGGUUAUUUGGACCUCACAAGACCAGCGCGGACAGUCUGCAUGAAUUCUCGCCGUUAUUAGAUGCGCUGUCUCUUGAAUUGGGUGUGAAAUAUCUCCGACGUAGAUUGAAGGAUCGCUCAGCAUCCCCGAGUCUCAAGAGACUUAUUAGCCAUCAAGACAAAGUGCUGAGUGAAGCUGGUGAAUCAUCUGCCAAUCUUCAGAUCCAGAUCAGGUCCACACAAGUGUCUCUGGGUAUUCAGACUGAUGUGCACGAUCCUGACUGUCCUGCAAUGGAAAAAACUUUAUCCAAGGAGAUCAGGGAACAUGCUCCAGCAGCUGUGGACAAUACAAGCUCUUUGGUGAUCACAAACUCCUCCCCUGCUGGCGUGCGGCUGGAUGACAUGACAGCGGUACCUGAUUGGUCCGAAAAUCUUUUCCUUCUUGUCAAUGGUUCUGUUCACACGAGUGAUCGGUGUGCUGCCGUACGGUGA